AGAAAAAAAUAUUUUUUUUUGUUGUUAUAUAUAUAUAUAUAUAUCCAACUGGGUUUUUUCUCUCUAUAAUUUCUUUGUAAUACUUUCUCUCUCAUCAUCUCUCUCUCACACACAAACAUAUAUGGUGGUGAGACUUAAAUUAACCAAGGCUUAAAGGGGGGCAAGGGAGAGGGAGAGAGAGAUAGAGCUUUUCCUUUUUUUUUUUUUGGCUUGAGUACUGGCUGGAUUGACUUGCUUCAGUUAAAGCAAGAGACUACACCACAGAGAGGGAUUUCAGGCAUAAUUUCCCAGAUCUUGCUUUUUUUUUCUUCUGCUGCAUGAACAGCUGUUUAUAGGAAUAUGAGUGGUUAUAGAGUUGAUAGCUACCUACAAGAUUUCAAGAGUUUGAGAUCAAGAACAUCAUUAUAGCAUCAAAACAACAAUCGCGAUCGAGAAAGAAAGCGAUGAAUAAGAGCAGCAUAGGGUCAAUCAGCAGCUCUGAUCUUAUUGAUGCAAAGCUUGAAGAGCAUCAGAACUGUCCAGGUUGUGGUUACAAACUUGAAGGCAGGCGGGAGUGGUUGGGACUACCAGCUGGAGUCAAAUUUGAUCCAACAGACCAAGAAUUGAUUGAACAUUUAGAAGCAAAAGUAGAAGCCAAAGACACCAAAUCUCAUCCUUUGAUAGAUGAAUUCAUUCCUACCAUUGAAGGUGAAGAUGGGAUUUGUUACACCCAUCCAGAGAAACUUCCAGGAGUGACAAGAGAUGGGUUGAGCAGACACUUCUUCCACCGACCAUCCAAAGCAUACACAACUGGAACAAGAAAGAGAAGGAAAAUCCAAACAGAAUGUGAUGACUUACAAGGUACUGGAGAGACAAGGUGGCACAAAACAGGCAAAACAAGGCCAGUCAUGAUCAAUGGGAAGCAAAAAGGGUGCAAGAAAAUCCUGGUACUCUACACAAACUUUGGUAAGAAUCGAAAACCCGAAAAGACGAACUGGGUGAUGCACCAAUACCAUCUUGGCCAACAUGAAGAAGAGAAGGAAGGUGAGCUUGUGGUGUCCAAAAUAUUGUACCAGACUCAACCAAGGCAAUGCAAUUGGACUACUAGUACUACUGCUACUACUGGUGAAGGAAGUAGUGAUCAAGUACCUAAUAGUACUAGUAGAAGAGAUAGUACUGGUAGUGGUAGUUGCUCUUCUAAAGAGAUUAAUGUGCCUCUUAGGGAUGAAAUAUCUGCAGCUGCUGCAAUAUCAAGUUUUGGUACUGCCUUGGAUCAUUUGUCACAGUUGAAAGCUCAUGACCAUUUCAGCUUUCUCCCAUUCAGGAAAAAUUUUGAUGAGGUGGGAAACAUAGGAGAUGCUUCAACAGCAAGGGAUCAACCCCCUUCCAUGCCUGUCACGAGCGGCGUGGAGUUCUGCGAGAACCAGCAAAGGCCGCAUCAUCAUCAUCAUCAACAUCAACAACAACAACAUCACCAUGCGAAUCAUGAUCAGAAUAUUGCAACUGCUGCCUUCCACAUAAGCAGGCCUUCACAUUCAAUCUCCACCAUUGUCUCUCCUCCACUUCCACUCCAUCACACUUCCAUCAAUAUUCUCAAUGAAGACCCCACCCAUCUCUCCAGAUUAAUGCUGCCUAAUGAUAGUUUCCAGCAGCAACAAGAGCAACACCACCAACAACAUCAUCAUCAUAAAAUAGUAGGAAGGUCUGCGUCGUCGGGUUUGGAGGAGCUCAUCAUGGGUUGCACUUCAACAGACAACAAAGAAGAAUCGUCCAUUAUUAAUCCAAACCAACAAGAGGCAGAAUGGUUGAAGUACUCGUCCUUCUGGCAUGUGGAUCCUGACAACCAAGAUCAUCAUGGGUAGCAACAAACAUUAUUACUUGAAGAGGAUAAGGCCCUGAAACCCAUAAGAGUUUUCUUCUUUUGUCUCUCAACUGACUAUGUUGUAAAGUAAGAAAAAGAAGCCAAGAAAGG